UAACCUGCAGCUUCCCGCUGCAGCGCUGCAUUUCUCCGGCCCCUGCGCAGCUGCAUAAAUACCGCCGCGCAGCCCCAGCCUCGCCACCACUCACUCGCAGCAGGGACAGGGCUCCGCACAGGGGACGACUUCAAACGCACCGCCAGCUUCAGCACUAACGCUCGACAAGCUCAGACCGGCCGCUAAAAGAAAAGAAGAAGAAGAAGAAGAAGAAGAAGAAGAAAAAAUAAACGAAAAGAGAGAGAGAAAUGAACUCCCCGCUCGUCCUGGUUCUCCUCUGCGGACUCUGCCUGACGGCGCUCGGACUGGCCGACGCUGUUCAUGGCAUCCACACCAUCCCCGAUAAAGUGAGCCACGAUAUCCAGAAGCUGACCCAACACUUUAACGUUACUGCGGACAUCAGCCUGUUUGGGAAUCCCAUAUUCCUCCAGAACAUGAACAGCGAUGGCAAGUUUGAGGACAGUGAACAGAUGCUGGUGCUACAGGAGAGCUUAGAUGUGUACAUCACAAUCCUGACGGACAUGCUGAAUAGCACCCAGGACAAGGAGAUACAAACGAGCAUCACGGCAAUCAGAGCCCGAAUGGAGGACCUGAUGAACUACUUCCUCAGCAGACAGAAGGCCCUGCUGGAGCGACUGCAGAAACUGAGGGACCUGGAGACGAGCGACGCGACGGUGCAGCGGAAGGCCGUGCGGGAGCUGCGGCCCGUGCUCCAGAAGGCCUUCGAGCUGUGCGGCAAGAACGAGCACCGGCGCAGGCGGCACGCCAGCCUGGCGCAGCUACAGCGCCGCUAGAGCGCAGCUACAGCACAGCUCAGAGCGCAGGCCAGCGCAGUGCUGAACACCACCCCACCGGCUCGUACUGAAAACCGAAACUUAGGCUUGCAAGUGCUGCUCCUGCCUAUUUAUUCAUUUAUUUAUUUAAUUUAAGGUAUUUAUUUUUAUUUAAAGUUACUUAGAACGCUCACGGCACCAUGUUAGCAAUAAUGUACCGAAUAUUAUAAUGUCAUUGAACAGUUGGAUGCAAUGAUGUUUUGGAAGCACUGUUAAAUGAGAAACUGUUUCUACUUGAAUGCAGCGCAGCGUUUUUUGAUGUGUACAGUAAUGGCAUCAUUCAAUCCAUUG